AUGGCUCCGACUCCAUCGUUAGGGCCUCGCGAGCCCCAUGUGCCCAAGGAGGUGCCCAUAGGCGGCGACAUCAUGUCGAUUAUCGUCACUCUCGCCGCCGUUACCGCCUUGUCGGCCUUUCUCUCUCAACGGCUCCUAGCCGUCAAGUCAUGGCGAAGGUUACCCUUUGUUAUGUGGAUUGUCUUCGCCAUCUACAUCGACUCAUACUGCUUCGUCUUUGCCACAGCCUUACUUCAACAAGUCUUUGGCGUCAACACCAAUUACAAUAUCUGCCACGGCGCCAUCUUGCUAUGUCUGGUUUGCUAUGUAACGACAAAGAUUCUCAUCUACGUUUUCCUCGUCGAGAAAGCAUACAUCAUUCGAAGUUCGUCAGUACGAAGGAUGAAGUCGAAACUUUACUUGUUCAACAUGUUUGGCAUGCUUGGAGGUUACACGGUUGUGGUCAUUCUCAACUUCGUUUUCCGUAUCGCGAAAAUCGUCAAUGGAGAAUGUGUCAUUGGCAUGCAGAGCAUCUCUAUGAUCCCUCUCAUCACCUUUGAUGCCGUGGUUAAUGUUUACCUCACCUUUCUCUUCCUCAUUCCUCUGAAGAUAUUGUUAUGUUUACACGAUAAUCUUCCAAAGAGGCCAGCGCUAACAGAGCCAGUUCUCUUCUCUGCCAUUGUCAUUCAGUGGGUCACCUCUCGCGACGGUGCCGGUUCCUCGAGCCAGCCUACCUCUGCCGCUGCCGUCGAUGGAAGUCUUCACGCUAGACGACCGUCUAUGGCGCACCCCCUCGGCCCCAUACACACCCCUCACGCCCCUAACUCACCACAUGGCACCGACGCCGAGGUCUCGCUUGUGGCCUCAGCCACUGCUCGCUCCUCGUCUGAUAGCCCCGAAUCCGAGCUGGCCAAGAUCCACUCGGGAACGAACGGCGGCGUAGUAGUUACGACCACCAUUCAUCGCCAGAGCCAACCGAACAGUGGCUUUGGGCUCGAGAUGGAGCGAAAGGACGGAAAUGGCAUGAGACUUGAGGACGACGAAUCGGUAUAUGGUUAUCCACCACGACCAGCGAGUUUCGCCAUCAACCAUGCCGAGAUUGCCGAACCUCCUCGGACACACAUCACGGGUGGUAGCAACAGCCAUCACAGCAAUCAUCAUCAUACGAAAUCUUUAUCUGACGGUUGA